AUGAUCAGAGGCGACGUACCAGUGUACCGGUACUCCAGGGCUGGCGGGCAGGCCAUUGUCGCCGGCGUCGUGUACGGCGGCCGAGCAUUGCCAGCACUGCAGGGAAAGUUUCUCUACGCGGACUUCGUUCACGGGUCACUGCAUGCACUUCGACCAGUGGCGGAUCAGAACACGUGGAUAUCUGAGGACCUUUGUCUUCAGACGUGCAAUGACCAGCAGAGUGGCCCUUUUCACGUGCUCACUAUAGCGACGGACGCUGACGGUGAACCCUUGGUACUGACCACGUCGGACCUGAGCAACGACGUCCCUGCGGGGGUCGUGUACCGCCUCAAGGACGGCACUUGCCACAACUCUCACGGUGCCUUCCGUGCCAUGGCGUUCCGGCCCACCAUAUGGAUGGUGGCGUUGGCGUAUGCAGCUCGUUAGCUCGACCUCCCAUCGCCUGGAAGAUGCAUCGUCCAAACAACCGCAGCAUUGUUAUCUUCCAGGUGGCCACAUCCAAGUCGGGUGCAAGAAGUGGUUGACACACUUUAGCGCCAAAGAAUGUCACCGUUAAACAUUGCUAAUCUUUCUCCGUUGGUAAGUAUAAGCUGACGACAUAAAG